AUGGAGUAUCCGACACGUAUCCCCAAGUGUCCCCAAGUAGCUGACACUGAUACGGUGUCCGACACGGAUACGUCACCGAUUUUGAAGUAUCCGUGCUUCAUAGGUUUCAGAAUUGAAGAUGAUGCUGCUAGUGGAGGAGCUAUCAGUAUAUAUGGUGGCGGAUCUGUGGGUAAUAGUGGAUGUGCUGUUCGUUUUGUCGGAGGUGGUGGAUGUGACGGUGGUGGUUCUGGUGGUGGAGGUGUUGUCGUUAAAGGUGGUAGCGGAGCUGCUGGUGAUUGUGGAGGUGUUGUUGUCGUUAGAGGUGGUGGCGGAGCUGCUGGUGGUUGCAGACGCGGUGGCGGAGGUGGAGGUUGUGGUGGCGCUGGUAAUGGUGGUGGUGGUGGUGGUAGGUGA